AGUUAGGCGCACUUGCAUUAGUUACGCAGGGUGUGAAGCAGAAGGUCCGCAGAAAAGACAUUGCACUUGUGAAAAUGGAUUUGAAGGCUGUUUGUGUGUUGAAAGGCACUUCGGAAGUUUCAGGCACGGUGUUUUUCACCCAGGAGGAAAAUGGACCAGUCAAAGUUACAGGAAUAAUUACAGGGUUAAGUCCUGGUGAUCAUGGAUGUCAGAUUCAUGAAUUUGGAGACAACACAAAUGGUUGUGGGAGUGCUGGGCAAUAUUCCAAUCCAUUUAACAAAACUCAUGGUGCCCAAGAAGAUGACAAUAGACAUGUAGGUGACCAGGGAAAUAUGAACGCUAAUGAAAAUGGCAUAGCAGAAUUUGACUUGGACAACAACGUUAUAACACUUUCUGGACCAAAUUCAAUCAUUGGUCGAACUAUGGUGAUUCAUGAGAAAGCAGAUGAUCUGGGAAAAAGACGCAAUGAGGAAAGCUUAAAAACUGGGAAUGCUGGUGGACACCUGGCCUGUGGAGUUAUUGGAAUUGCUCAGUGUUAAACCCAUUCAUUCAGUCUAACUAGUGCAGUAAAAAUUGUU